AUGAAUCCACACGGAACAUUAUGUCUCCUUCUAAUCACUUUAUCUCCUCUCUCAUUUUCCGAGAGGCAUCACAUCUUCCCGAUUGGCGAAUACGAGGCUUUAGAUUAUCCCACUCUCGAACCACCAAUUUUAUCUCGCUCUAAACGCUCCCUAGAUCAACUUCCGACCUCUUUCUCUUUCACUGCCUUUGGCCAAAAUUUUAGUCUUGCUCUUUUUCGUGAUGAGGGUGUUAUUUCUCCUACGGCCACCAUUUCUGUUGGUGGCCAGACAUUUCCUCUAAGUACAGAUGACAACCAGGCCUAUCCCGUUAGGGGGUAUAUAAAAUCUCAUCCUAAAAGUCUCGUCUAUGGCAGCGUCUUGAAUGGUAUUUUUCGAGGCACAAUUGCUUUCAAUGCUAACAGUCUUGGUCUCUUCGUGGAGAGUCCGCUAACUAUACUGGAUGUAUACUUUGUUGAACCCGCUGGAAAUUAUUUAUCAAAUCCCACAUUUCACUCUGUAAUCUAUCGUGCUAAUGGAACGAGGCAAGAUGAAAAACUGAUUAGGCGUAGAAGAGGAGUUGAGAUGGGGGAAAUCACCGAACCGACAUUUUGCGGUCACUCGAAUCCAGAGAUUUCUCAACGAUUGAAGGAAAUGUCUCAACCUUUCCUAGGUAAUUAA